CAUUUUUCAUACUAAACUAACAAGAUAAAAAUGAUUGUUUCGAGCAUGUUGAUGACUAUGAUUCUCUCUUCGCUGAUAGUCAACUCAAUAGCUACAUCAAAGCGAGGAUAUACAUGCUACAUAUGCCACGACUGUAAGAAAUUUUCGAAAUACACUCUCACAGAACUUGGUUGUGGAGCUUGCACUGUAAGAUGAAAUUAUUAAUAUUCAUGAGUAUUUCAAAAUAUUUCAAAGUAAAAUUUACACAUUUUAAGGUUAAAAUACGAAUAUAAUAGUAUUAUACAGCCAUAAUCAUCCGAUAUUCAUGCUGAAAAUUCCAUGCUUGUACCAAAAAUACAGUGUGGAAUCAAGCUGUAAAUCAAAAAUAAAAUAUUAUUCCUCUAUGAAUCUCAUUAAUUACAGCUUACAUUCACACGAAUAAUGAGCCAUGUAUUUCUAGAUUGGCGCAUAUGAUUUCUCAGUGUUGUCGAUGUAUUCGUCUUGUUGAUGAAAAUCAGCUAUCAUCCUAGUGGUUUCGGAAUGUUUCUGUUGAAAUAUUUGU